AUGUUCACUCGACCCGUUCGCAAAGUCAAACGUUUUCUCCCUGUCGAUGCCUGGCUGGAAAGGUAUCCCACCAAGGAAAGGAAAAAUAAUAAAAAGACAGCCUGGAUGGAUCUACUGGAAACCUACAUCAGUAGGUCACAUAUCCAUGGACUAUAUUUGCUCUUUCUGCCGACGAUGCGACGACGAAUGAGGUUUCUGUGGUCCCUUGCCCUGAUCUGUGCCUGCUCGGUUCUCAUCUAUGUAAGCUAUCUGCUGGGCGAGCGUUACCACAGCAAACAGUUCAAGACCAUAGUGGCGCACUCGCACGCAUCCAUACAUCACAUCGCCUUCCCGGCGGUCAUCAUCUGUAACAGGAAUCGACUGAACUGGUCUCGGCUACCGGAAGUCAAGCUGCGGUACAACAUUACGUUGGCUCAAGAGGAACUUUUCGAGCGCAUACUUACCGCAUACGACGGCUUGAGUUUCCAUCAGUUCAACGUGUUCGAUACCCUGCAGGGUGAGUACCUGGACGAUCUGAACCAUCUUAACUUCACGCAAAUUGUAACGGAGCUGUCUUGGAGAUGUGACGAAAUACUAGCAGAUUGUCACUGGCAAACUGCGUCCCGCGAUUGCUGUAGGAUGUUCAGACCACGCCGCUUGCCCUUGGGAUUGUGUCUGGCCUUCAAUGAGCUGGAGCAGCGAAGGGGCACGGAUACUGGCAUAAACACGGGACUGCUACUCCGACUACAGCUACACGAAGACAGCCACGCUCCGGGGAACAUGGGUCAAAAAGGAUUUCUGCUGAACGUGGUGGAGCCCGAUGUGUGGUUUGGCUUCGAUAUCGAAGUGAUGCCCCACUACCGGACCAAUGUGGCCGUCACAGCCGUGUACCAUUAUUUCGACGAUAGCACCUUGAGCCUGCCCUCGCGGUGGCGGCGCUGCGUGAUGGACUACGAGCAGGACAGCGAACACUUCCAGACCUUGGAGGGUCAGAAGUACAUGUUGGAGAACUGCCAGGCCGAGUGCCAGCAGCGAUAUCUGAUGCGCUACUGCAACUGCACCCUGGAUCUGUUCUAUCCACCCUCCGAAUACCCCGCCUGCAGGCUGAAGGACCUGCCGUGCCUGUCAUCGCACAACCACCUCUUGCAGAACUUCGAGCAGGUGGGGGAGCAACCGUACGUCCACCGGGAGGAGUCGGGUCUGCUGUGCGAGUGUCUGCACAACUGCAAGUCCCUGACCUUGGUGACUGACAUGCGCAAGAGUGUCCAGCAGCCUUGGCCGCAGGCGAAUUCGAGUCGCCUCAGAAACACCUGGCUUAAUGUGUACUUUAAAAAACCCUCCAUGCUUGUCUACAAAACCAACUUGAUCUACACCUGGGUGGACUUGAUCGUUUCAUUCGGCGGAAUUUGUCAGCUUUGCUUGGGAUGCUCAAUUAUCAGUCUUAUAGAGUUUAUAUUCUUUGCACUCUUCAAAGUCCCUCAAUUCUAUUGGAAACGAGCGAGAGGUGAACUGGAUACAACUAUACGUGCAUAA